AUGUUUGAUUUGAUCUCGAACAUUAUUUGUGUUAGUUCAUGCAAAGGCGGCGUAGGAAAAUCUACCUUUGCAGUCAAUCUUGCAUUCGAAAUAAGUGAGUCAAACUGUAAAGUUGGUAUUGUGGAUUUAGAUAUUUAUGGACCAAGUUUUGGCACGCUCCUGCCGUUAAAUAAAUCAAAAAUUCCAGGUCUUAUCAAAGCAAAACAGGUUGGUAACGACGGAACAACCAAACUCGUGCCGGUUUAUUAUAAUAACGUUGCUAUUAUGUCUACCGCAUUUCUUCUCAAUGACAAUCAGUUUCUCGGUUACAGAGGCCCGAUGGCUGAAGCAUUGGCCAUGGAACUAAUAACAAGAACAGAUUGGGGUGAGUUAGACUAUUUAAUCGUUGAUUUGCCUCCGGGAACGGGUGAUGUAAAUAUCACAGUAAUUGAAAAUCUCCCAGUUACUGCAGUUAUAAUUAUAUCUACGCCGUCACUUUUGGCAUUUGAGGACGUAAAAAGAGGCAUUGAAUUUUUUGAAAAGCAUAAUGUAAAUAUAAUUGCGAUUAUUGAAAAUAUGACGUUAGAGAUUUCAGAUUACGAGCACAACGCUAAUGAAGAUAUAUUACCGAUCAUUGAAAAAUUAGGACAAAGCAAAUUGUUAAUUUUGUUAAACAAUAAAGCUAUCGAAGAAUAA